UUAAGAUCAUUCCUAGUGUUGAGGAAUUCUCAUAUCCAUUUUCCUUUCCAGUUAAAUUAAAGUUAUCGUCCAGAUCCAAAAAAAUCAACAUGCCGUCCAUGAAAACUGACAGGGAGGGCAAAACUACAUACGCCGAAAUUUCUGCCAUGAAAUUUAACUUAAAGGAAGAAAGAUGUCUGAAAAAGAAUCUUCAGCUUUUGGGGGUAGAAGAGGAUUACUCCUUGACCUUGAUUAACCUUGAUAAUAGAGGAGUCAAACUGUAUCAGAAAAGACUCAAAGACAAGGUCUCCAAAAUUAAAAGUAAUCUGACUCCAACUGAAAUCACAGAAUUUCAAAAGUUAGAAGAAGCGGGAAAAUUGAAAGGGAUUUACCCAUCUGUGACCCCUAACCUUCAAGGGCGAAUCGUCGCAGAAGCCAAAAGGUUAAAUCUUGACCUUCCCGUGAGGCCAAGGACGGCAAUUCCUCUUAAACGAUCUUAUUCAACAAACACACCGCGACAACCACCCCGACCGUCGUCAGAGAAACGUCAACUUCCGCUAAGGGAGCCAUUGAAAAACGGGUUGUCUGAAACUUCCAAGUAUGAAAAAGAAGAAACCAAAGACUCGAUUAAAGGUGCUAUAGGAAAAUCAAAUGAAAGUUCUGUGCCCUCUAAGGUCCAAGUGAAUAAUUAUACUAAGUCCAAUCAAAAUGAGACUUCGAACUGUGAUAGAAAAACAAAGCUCCCUCCAAGAGGCAAUUAUCCUUCUCUAAGGAGUCCGCUCAAGAGACAUUCUUCGGAACGGAAAACAAUCAGUGCUUCUGCGCAUGUUCGGAAGAGGUUUCUGGACGACCACAGAUUAAGCAUUGUAAAGGAGGAUAUUCAUUUAUUACCAAAUGAGGAAGUGAAUGGUGAGAAUGUUAAACCUAACGGAAUACUCCAAGAAGGAAAUGAAAAUAUUUCUAAUUCCUUACCAAAAGCAGUUGAAAAGAAUGAAGAAAAUGAAAGCGAGACAAAAACAAUUGAACACAAACGUCCCUUCACACGUCCAGAAUCUAGGAUGGACGUGGUGCGUGAUAAUUUGAUUGACAGCACUACCCCAUCUAUUCUAAGUCUUGACAGUGGUUCUGUCUUAGAUCUGGAAAUGGUAGAGCCCACAAAAGGGAAAAUGAAGCUGAUGGCAACAAAGACAUUUACAGCAGAGGAAGUGAAGGAACUCAAUAAAAGAAGAUCUCAAUCCGAUAUAUCCUCCCAGAGUUUUUACGACUGUAGUUCUUCCAGAACGGCAAAACAUUUAGGUAUGUCUCGGUCCUCAACUCCAAACAACCAGAUUCUAGAGAAUAGCCAAAUGACGCCACGUAAACACGUCAGGGCAACGGCAUCAAUCUCGCCAUAUUCCGAGAAAGAAAAAUUUAAGAACACCACCCCCAGAUCACAAACAGCUAACGUAACAAGAACCAGGACAAUGCCCCUAAACUCCCCAAAACCAAACAUACAAAGGUCUAAAUCUUCAUUGAGUGGUUGUAAGAAUCCUACGAAGGCGAUGUUUUCAUCGCAUGCCCCUAAAGAUGGAACACGAUCUCGUCGCCUGCCCGGGGGCGGCACAACAUUCCUAUCCAAGGAAAUUGGUGACGACUUGGGGAAUAAUUUACAAGCCGAAAUACGACAAGAUCUGCUGGAAAAAGAACACGAGGUGCGAAACAUCAUGGACAAAAAAGUAUCUAAUUACCUUAACCGACUUGGAAAAUUUUUGGACAAAAAAUAAUGAAGUUCUAUACCUAGGAACAUUGUAAUGAAUUUUGCUUACAUAUUGAAAGUGCUUUAUUUACAUUUUCCUGUUUUUAUGAAACGGGGAUACAAUCGUGUGCCAUCAAUCAUGGUGGUCUUCCU